AUGGAAAGAGAAGAUCGAACAAAAGAGCCGAUAGCACUAACUAGAGUUGGAUGUCCUGCUAUAUUUCAUCUCAAAUUAGAUCGAAAGUCAAACAAAUACGUGGUUGCUAACUUUGUAAGCUUCCACAACCAUAACUUGAUAGGGCCUAUGGGUGUGCCCUUCCUCCGCUCUCACAGGAAGGUUCGUAGUCCUGAUAAAGCCUCGGCCAAUACGAUGCAUAAAGUUGGUAUUAAAACAAGUCAUAUUAUGGAUUUUGCCGCACAACAAUCUGGUGGAUAUGGCAAGGUUGGAUACACACAAAAAGAUCUUUAUAAUCAUUUUACAGCUCAACGCAAAAUAGAAGUUGCGGAUGGGGACGCGGAAGGUGCAUUAGCCUAUUUAUGUGCGAAAGUAGAAUAUGACCCCUUGUUCUAUUACAAGUAUGACGUGGAUGAGCAAAAUCGGUUAAAUAAUAUGUUUCGGAGAGAUUCAACAUCUCUAACAGACUACCUGUGCUUUGGAGACGUGCUACUAUUUGAUGCUAUUUAUCGAACGAAUGCUUAUGGGAAGCCUUUUGUGAUACUAGCUGGAGUCAAUAGUCACUUCCAAACUGCAGUUUUUGGGUGUGCAUUGUUGACUGCCGAGACUGUUGAGACUUAUACAUGGGUAUUGGAAAAGUUUCUUGAUUCCAUGGGCAAUGAAAAAAUGUCAGUGUCAGUAAUGACAGAUGGAGAUAAGGCCAUGAGGAGAGCAAUAAAAACUGUGUUGCCUAAUGCUCGUCAUCAUUUAUGCAAAUGGCAUCUGAAAAAGAAUGCUGUGAGUAAUGUCCAUGUUCCCGAAUUCCUGUGUGACUUUGAAAAAUGCAUGUCAAUGCCAACGGAAGAAGAGUUUGAAAUUGCAUGGACAAAUCUUGUGGACAACUAUAAUCUUCAUGAAAACAAUUGGGCGAUAGAGGUUUACAAAAAACGGCACCUAUGGGUUGAGGGGUACUUGCGAGGGCUCUUGCUAAACUUCGACAUAAUGAGGCUAAGGCACAAGUAG